AUGAUACCGUUCCCGGUGUUGACGCUGCACGAGAACUCGGCUGGUCUCAUCGACAUAGCCACCGUCUCGUGUACGGAAUCCGACACAGCUGCAACUCCAGCAAUACCAAAUAGACCGUGCAAAUCAUGCAACCUGGAUUCCGUGAAGCCCAACACCCCCCUGGCAACCAACGUCCUCGGACCGUUCCUUGUCGUCAGACAGUUUCUCAACGUCGAUUUCCACGUGUACUUCAGCGAAGGGGUUAACAAUGCGGUGCUGAAUUUUAAUACAAUAUCUUCCUACCUCCUGACUAUCAAGUGUACAUCGACCGACCCCGCUGUAACCGCCAGCGAAAUCCUGGAACUCGACAUCUUGCCAAACCUGGCACCGACGAUCACCAAGUACCCGGGAGGUAAACGUAGAGCUAGCACAGAUAUGUCGUGUAUGUGUAUCCAGGAUAGCAUAGUUCACUUGUGUUCGAGUUCACAACGCCUUGCUGAACUUUGUGGUUUGAUAGACGAGGUGGCUGUUCCAGGCCAGAAGGUGGUCAUCUGUACAUCAGACAAAAGUGACGUCUUCAACAUACAGCAGUUGCUGUCAACGAGGAGUGUUCUGUCCCUGGCUGUUCACGUUGGGUCUGAGGAACACAUCAAAGAUCAGAGUGUGCACCAGUGGAACACGAUGGACCACAGAGAAUCUUGCGUUGUCCUAGUAACUAAUGAUGAAUGUUUAAUUGAUCUGGCAAUUGUGGAUGCGACUGCAGUGAUUCACUUUGGACUUCCCAACUCGAAGACCAAGUUCGGAGCGCGGCUGGCCUGCAUGAAGGACUAUUUCUAUGACAUGACAUCUGUUGAUGAGGUAAUUAAAGGCGCUGACCCUACUUCAACAGAGGCCACUGUUAAGACCAUUCGAGACUUGAGGUACUCCGUCUACGACACCGUCCUCGUGAAGACCAACGUGUCCGACGGCAAGCUAACCACUGGACCAUACACGACGACAAUUAGGAUGAUCAACCUCAACUCGAGACCACAGUUCACCAAUCUACCAGUAAAUCUGACGAUACCAGAGAAUGCUGUCGGUGGUCAAACCAUCAUCGUGGUCAGCUACAACGACCCUGACCUCUUCUCCACCUUGGCCCCAGUUUUUACCAUCGACCCAGUGUCUGAGGCCUACAAGUUUGUGUAUGAGCAGAACUCUCGACGUAUCAAGCUAGCGACGGUCCCUUCAGGCGCGACGUUGCUGGACGCAGAAAACACACAGGUGUACAACAUCAGCGGCCUUCUCAACGACGGCUUCCUCGACUCCGUGGGCGAGUACAUCCUCCUCACCGUGUUGAACGUCAACGAGCCGCCCGUAUUCAACGAGGAGCUGUAUUACUGUUCUCUGGUUGAGCCGACGGUCAGUUCAAACUAUUACUGUUGAGUUCAAACUAUCACUGUUCUCUGGUUGAGCCGACGGUCAGUUCAAACUGUUACUGUUGGGUUCAAACUAUCACUGUUCUCUGGUUGAGCCGACGGUCAGUUCAAACUGUUACUGUUGAGUUCAAACUAUUACUGUUCCCUUGUUAAUUCAAACUAUUAAUGUUCUCUUGUCGAGUCGACGGUCAGUUCAAACUAUUACUGUU